GCAUCUCCGUGUGCGCCUCUCCCCCACGCGGACACGCACUGCAGCUCAAACUCCACGCCGCCUCCGGCGGAGCUCCAGCGCCUUUAUUACGGCAGUGCACAUCGUACUGUACGCCACACACUCAGCGGCUUCCGUUCGGUCACAACACACGCGCCUACAGCCUGAGCACGGCGAGACACGGAGCUCAUCCAUAUUAGAGGAGUUUUUAAUGAACUCCGAGCGCAGGAGACCCCCCCCCCCCUCCUCGUGCUCCGCUCCCGACGCGCGUGAGGACGCUCGCGGCCGGCGCCCUAUCUCCAUCGGCAUCGCCUCGAAGACAAAGAAGAUGAAGAUGCGCUUCGGCUGCAGGAGGAGCCUGCGUUAAAGUCACUAACACCGCGGCCGUGCCCGCCCGGAGGCAGACGGGCGCCGGUCCUUGGAGACUCUUCGGGGAUGCGCAAAGAUGUGAGAGCAAAGAGCGAGAGGUAUCGUGAUUGGUCGCACUCUUUGUGAACGCGUCAGACAAGACGAGUCAUGUUCGCUCCAGACAGCGCAUCAAGGAGGUGGCAUCAAACUUGAGGGGGACGUUUUUUUUUGCUCCGCGUGCGCGGCGAACGCGUUCCCGGCGUCGACCAUUAACUUGCAUCGUUCGCCAGAGAGGCGGGCGCGCUGUCCGUGGUGCUGAAACAGAGAGACGCGGCCGAUCAACUAGUGAAGAGGAGGGCGACACUUUCCACUUCCCCGCCCGCUACUGGGAUUCGUGGCGUUUUGGAGACUAGCGUGUGACUGUGGUCCGUCAUGCUGUGGAUGAAGUGGAAGAUGGUGGUGGACUCCCUGCGUGGACGCAGGAGGCGGCUGCCCUGCUCCAUUUGGUUCCUCCUGCUGUUCGCCGCCGGAGGCCUGGUUCUCUUCAUCCACCAGCAGGAUCUGUCCGAGAUGGUCCAGCAGCCAGGACCAGGUGUGAAGCUGGGGAGCACUCCACGGCAGUCAAGAGAGACUCUUUCUACUCAGGAGAGAGAGAGAGGAAAGCCUGAAGCCUAUCUGGACCUGCCUGCUGGUCCAGAUGGCAUCCUGUCCAGCCCCAUCCCACCGAUGCAGUUCCCCCACUUUGAGAAGAGCAGACUGACAGCCACCCCCGAGUCUCGCGAGCAGGACAUCGGCUCUCUACGAGUCUCCAAAAGACACAGGAAACUGCUGAAAACAAGUCCCCCGAUCAAUCACACCAACAACAACGUUUCCUCUGCCUCCUCUUCCUCCUCCAUUCCCUCCUCCUCCUCCUCCGCCUCGGGCUCGGGCUCUUUUUCGCUAGAGAGCUGGAAAAGGCUCUCGGACGUCCUGGAGGCCCGCAGGCAACUCAUGAAGGAGAUGUGCGCUAAGUACAAAAGCAGCAUCUCCAGGACUAUCACCCGCCAUCACGUGAAGCACCUCUUUGUGGAGGACAAGUACAAGUUGCUGUACUGCCAGGUGCCCAAGGCCGGCUGCUCCAACUGGAAGAGGACCCUGAUGGUCCUGGCAGGCUUGGCCCCGAACACUCAGAGCAUCAAACACGACACGGUCCACUACGGCCACCACCUGAAGAAGCUCGACAGCUUUGACCGACAGGGGAUCAUGCACCGCCUGGAAACCUACACCAAAGUCAUGUUCGUGCGGGAGCCUUUGGAGAGAAUGGUGUCGGCUUACAGGGACAAGUUCGAAAACCCCAACAACUACUACCACUCGCUUUUUGGGAAGCCCAUUAUCUCCAAGUACAGGGAGAACCCCUCCUGGGCUGCGCUGAAGACGGGCAGCGGGGUCACUUUCAAGGAGUUCGUCCAGUACCUGCUGGACGUCCAUCGGCCCGUGGGCAUGGACAUCCACUGGGAGCAGGCCAACCAGCUCUGCAACCCCUGCCUCAUAGACUACGACUUCAUCGGGAAGUUUGAGAACAUGGAGGAGGAGUCCAACUUCCUCCUCCGAUGGACCGGAGCGCCGCCCAACCUCACGCUGCCCAGUUUUAAAGACAGGAACCCAAAUGACAAGAGGACCUCUAUGCAGAUCACGCAGAAAUACUUUUCACAGGUGAGCACGCUGGAGAGACAGCGCAUCUAUGACUUCUACUACAUGGACUAUCUGAUGUUUAACUACUCCAAGCCUUUUAAGGAUCUAUAUUAGCCGACUCCUGUCAAGACUCUUGAAUCACGGUCACAUUCCACUGCAUCACUUCCCUGGCAAGGUCAUAGCAUAUCAUCAAGAGGCCCACCCUCGCGCAUAUGAGAAAUCAGAGACACCCGAUUUCCCUCUGAAGCAGCACAUUUCACCGAGGCUAGCGUGUACGUGUGUUGUCGUAUUAAAUACUCCGUUCAUCCACAAACGUAAGGUGUAUAUUCACUGCUAGCACAUGGUGAGAGGGAGUUUUCAAAACGAUAAAUGUUCUUUUUAAAGAAGCUAUGGGAGCUCCUACAAGCUAUUAUUGCGCGACAGGCUUUAACUCCUGCCUUACUGUGAGUCAAGUAACAUCUGCAAAUGCGUCCGGCGGCUUUAUUCACUCUACGCGAGCACAGCGUCGCGAUGGUUGAACAUUUACAGGCUUCGGGUGACUCCGGGUGGAACACGAGCAAUGACACCUGUACAUGCUGCAAGUUUUUCAGACCCCUUUUUACACAGUACUUUUACGACACAGUCUUUGCACUUACUACUUGACUCGCAGCAAGUUAGGCAUCAGUAUACCUCUAUAUAAUAAAGAUAUUUCAUUUAAAACACUUUACUAAACAUAAAAGAAAACUAUAAAAAGUAAUAAAUCUUUAAAGUAUGUCAAGUGUUGCCCACUUGGAAGCUUCGUGCACCUAUUGUAGCAUUUAUGUCUUUUGAGGUUUGUGCUUUAGUCCACCGCCGACACUGCUGUAGGUACUUUCUUGGGCUGCUGAGUGCAGGACAUCCAGGUAUUAGCAGGGUACCAAGCGUUGCUAACUACCCUUCUUAAAGCCUGUUGGUAUUAUUGGAUAGUUCGUUGCGAGGAGCAGGUUAAAGAACACAAACCUGCGUCUGGAUCUGAGGACCAGGAUGAGACGAGCCCCCACACAGCACCAUCCCCACACUGCGUCCAGAGCAGCUCUCACUUCCAGAUGUGACACUGUCAGUAACCCUGUGCCCUCUGUACGUAUCACACCUCUUUUACACCAACAUAGGCUUUUUGACACAACUGUGUAAAACUGUAUAAUGGGCAUUCAGAUGACUAUAUAUUUUUCUAUGUAUUUCUAAAAUCUCUAUAUAUACAUAAAUAUAUAUUUAGUGGUUCUUGGUGAAGUUCUCUGUUUAUUUCCUUUUCGAUGUCUCUGAUUGUUCUUACGGUAACAUUAGUGUUGUGUAACUGAAGAGUUUCUUUCCAAAAGAAAAUAUCCACCAGCUAAAAACAAGACAUCUCGAGAAAGCUGUCAAUUGAGAAAUUAACGACAUCAUCAUUGAGAAUACAUUUAACUGUGUCACUGAGUGUGGUGGCAACAUCUAUGGAAAUGGGUGCUUGUAAAAUGGAUAUAUAACAUUUUGGAAAUUAGCUUUCUAAGUACUUCUCCCUGAUUUGUUCUGUUUUUCACUGAGAUAACAGACCCUGUACAGAUGGGCUGCAUUUCAUCUAGAUGUGUGUGUGUGUGUGUGUGUGUGUGUGUGUGUGUGUGUGUGUGUGUGUGUGUGUGUGUGUGUGUGUGUGUGUGUGUGUGUGUGUGUGUGUGUGUGAAUACGCUAUUUAUACUCUUCAUCUAAGGUAUCAAUGCCUGUGUUUGUUGCUACUAUGCUGAAUCUCCAUCUCACUACUCAGCUGAUGGUAAAGUAAAAAUAUUAAUAAUUCCUAAUGCUACCUGACGUAGAUCUGAUUGUGUAUUCAUGUGUGCUAAUGGCUCAAUGGCUCAUAUGCCUCAAACCUUGUUAAAUUAUGGAUCUAACCCUAUUAAAUAUUUGCUCUAACCUUUAAGAAUCCUAUUGUAUAACAUUAAACAGAAACUCUAAUAAGAUAAUAAGGGGCUGGAAGCAACAGACCCAUCCUUUAAGACAGCCGUGAACUGGAAGCCUUGAUUAUAUUGACUGAAUGGAGAUCUCAGCCAGGAUGUCUGCAGAAACAGUUUCAGCUUGUCAUACUGUGAUGAAAUAUGAUGCGCUGAUGAAGUGACACCAAAAGAAACGCUGUAGGGACACGGUGCAAUGAUGACGUUGAUCUCCUGGGUGCUGGGAUCAACCUGUGGCCGGGCUUUGAGGCUGCGAUCACUGUUCAGCUACGCGCUUUGCAACUCGCUGGAAAUGAGUGUUUUGUAACACACUGCUUAGGUAAAAAUAGAUGUGUUCGCCUCGGUGUAAAAGGAAAUCCAUGUACGCACGUUCUAGCAAUUCUUUGGUUGCAUUGCCCUUCCACAGUAAUGGUGAACGUAUGAACCUAUGUCAGUAUGUCAGUAGGAGGACCUUUUCAUUUCCGAGUUUAGGUUAUGGUCACGUUUUGUGUAGUUAUAGCCAACGGCCAAAACAGCUUUUGCAUUAUGAUGAGUAUUACUCCUGCAAACACUCAAUCAGCCCCUGUCCCCUGCUAAUAAAGUUUUCUUGGUAUGUGGGUGUAUGAACAGAGUUAUCAGAAGCAUAUAUACAGUAACAAGUGAAUGUAUAUCUGUUUAUUGUUGGUGCAAACGUGUAUAAAACAUGAUCUUAUGCCCUUUGCCUUAUUUUACACUGCCAAUCAAAUGGUGUAUUUCAGGAAGACAUUCUUCAGGUGGUUAUUAUUUCUGGCUGAUGAGUGUCUACUAAUAAAUUGUCUUUAGCAUUUUCAA